AUGCCACGCGCAGCUUACAAGUCGAAACCGUCGCUCGCAAUCAAAUUGGAGGGGAACCGGUUGGCGUACUAUCCGGGAGAUGUAAUCAUUGGAUGUGUGUACAGAACCUCGUCACUGCCCUGCGCAGAUCCCUACGUAUACGUCUCCCUGCAAGGACGAACAAAAGUCAAGCACUGGAUUGACUGCGGAGGGGAUGGCUCCGUGCCCUUGCGAAGCAGUCUGAUACUACUUGAUAGCCAGCGGCAUAGGCAAAAACUUUUCCAUGUUACACAAAGCACCAAGGAUGGGAGCCCGUUAUAUGAGUGGAAUUUCGCCCUCACAAUCCCCACGACUGUCGAUGAAGAAGCACAGGGGAGGAAAACGUCCUUCAUACCGUUCACUCAGGACGUGGCGGAUGGCAAUAUUCUGCCUGCUAGCUUUACCGGGGUUACAGAGACUGGUGGCCAUGAAGCAUAUGUUGAGUACUUUCUCCAAGCCGACUUACCGGUUCAAGGCAAGGCAUUCGCAGCACACGAGGCCAUCCUCCCGCUCAAGAUCCUACCCAGUCUGGAGCAGCCGAUGCUUAUAGACCAUCUGCUUCAAGAGCAGCACCGCCAGCUCCAAGUUAACUCGGAACGACUCAUACCCGGGAUGGAGAAUCACCGCCCUUCAUUCUCCGAAAGGCUGAAAAAGACCUUCGCCCCAAAGAUAGAUUCCAGGCUCUCCUUUCAGCUUGAUAUUCAGGUUCCCAGCGUUAUCCAGUUACAAUCAGAGGUCCCGAUCCCCUUACUGGUAUUAGCUGCGCCGCUAUGGGACAAGACGGAUGAUAUUAUUCGCAACGUCUCGCAGAAGAUCUUGAUAGUUGGAUUGAAUGUUAUACUGCACUCCACGACUCAGGUCAAAUGUGAGCGUGACCAACUCGGCGAAUGGGUGAAUAGUAUCCCCUUGGCUCAUCGCCUUCCGCUCAAUCCCCCGUUAGAAAUCCAAUGCAGUGGGGAGAGGAAGCAGCCCGUCGAUGUUGGCACGGAUGCAAACUUGCGGAUCCCGAAGAAGAAGCCCUAUGAGGUGGCUCGAUUUGAAAUCGAGCCUGAUUACCUGGCGUGGAAUUUUCGCCAUUCGCACAGGGUUGAGUAUGAAUUGAGAUGUAUGGUUGGGGGCAAAGCAGUCACAGCUACUGGUGAGCAGACCCUUCGGAUCCUGCCACCAAGCAACAUGGAGAGAUUAUAA